UUUGUCUGCUGCUUUUUGUUUCAUUUACCUCCGCCGAAUCAGCUGGUGUCAGUGUUGUAGUGCCUUAGUAGAACUAGAAAUCUAGAUCUAGAUUCUAGAUAUUGAAACACACAGAGGUUCAGAGAUAUUUGAUUGUGUCAUGGCAAGCUGUAGCCGGGGCUUGAGGGUGUGGCCCAGGGUCUUGCUGUAUGGAGACUCCAUCACACAGCGAUGUUUUACGGAAGAAGGAUGCUGGGGAAGUCUGUUUGCAGAUUACUUGCAACGGAAGUGUGAUGUUGUGGUCCGUGGCUUCUCUGGUUACACCACACGUUGGUGCAAACUCAUGCUGCCGUCGAUCCUGGACAAGACUGUUGCCAAGGACACGGUUGCCAUGACGAUCUUUCUGGGAGCCAACGACUCCAACAAUGAGGCCAAUGUACGACAGCACGUACCUCUGGAGGAGUACAGAGAGAACAUGAAGGAAAUGGUGGACUACGCUUUGUCUACAGGCAUAAGCAGAGAUAGAGUCAUCCUGAUCUCACCCCCGGCCUUCAAUGCUUCAGCGUGGGCAGUGGAAUGCAAAAGGAGAGGCACAGUUUUGACCAAAGACAACACGACCACGGGCGUCUAUGCCAGAGCCUGCUGUGAGCUGGCCCAGGAGAUGGGCACCGGUGUUGUUGACCUCUACACAGAGAUGAUGAAGGCAGAGGAUUUCUCAGGGUUCCUCGUCGAUGGCCUUCACCUUUCCCACUCUGGCUCGCGUCUGCUCUUCUCUCAGCUGCAGCCAAUCAUAGACCGGCUGACCGCUGACCUGCCGAUGCCGAUUUUCCCGUUCAAGGACGACGUGGAUCUAGAUAACCUGGAGAAGUCGCUGUUGUCGUAGAAUUUAUUUUUAUCAUAAUAAUUUGCUUAGCUGAAGAGUUUCUGCCAGUGAGAGGAUCCUUAUGUGUUUGCAGUGAGCCUGGGAUAGAGAUUUGUGACGUGUGCUGACAAAAUCUGUCCCUGUGGUUUUAUGCACCCCGCAUAAUUUAGCGAAAUUCGAUCAUUUGUUGCUUAAUUUCUGAUUAUUUUCGGUUAUCAUUCUUUGUUAAAAUUAACAGAAUGGCAUAAUUUCAUAUUUUUGGGCUCAGUUUGCAUAAUUUUUGAAUUUUUCUUGCUUAAAACGACGGGGACAGCAAAAUGAAUUACUCCUCGGAUUCCAACGUUAUAGAAAUGGAUAGGUCAUGCCUAUAGGUGAAGUUUUUUACGAUUUUUAAGUAUGAUAUAAUAAAAAGCAUGUUUUAGUUGAAGAAUACUCUAUGGCAUCAAUAGAAAAUCUACAAAUUUGACCCGAGUGUCGGUUUUUGGCCAAUUAUCUCCACUUGUGGAUAGCGAGGAGUUCUUACUCAUUUUGUCAGCACGCCCCACACUUCAUCAGCAUACAUGUACUUGAGAGGCAGCAUACUUGAUAGAAGAUAAGAUGAGAUGAUACUUUAUUAUCCCAGUUGGAAGUGGGUAUAUGUUACGAUUGAGUUACAUUCUAUGUGUGAGUGUGUGUGUGUGUGUGUGUAUGAAUGUGUGUGUGUGUGUGUGUGUGUGUUAGUGAGUAUAUAUGUGUGUGUGUUUAUGUGCGGACAAAUGGAGAAUCUUUUGUCUUUCAUCCUAGAACCAGACAGAGCCUGGUUUUUGUGCUAGACUUGACUGUAUCUAAGGGACCGUCCACAAGUGACCUCAGCUUAUGUCAUCUUUUCCAGGAACCCCACCCUCUAGUUGACGUCAACCAAAAUGUACCUGUACAUUUAGAUACAACCUGUUCAGGAUGAAUUUAAUAUAUUUACACCUUUGAUUUUUAUUUUAAAUUAAAGAAUAAAUACUAUUGUUUAUUAAAGAAUACAACAAAGAAA